GGGUUUAGGUUUUUAGGUUUGCCAAACAGUCCCUCGAAGUAUAUUUCUUACUCUGCCCCCUUUCCUCUGCGCUCUUACCCUCCCAUGGCUUCUGCUGUGUUCGUUACCGCUCCCAAGGCAUUCACUUUAAGCAAGCCCAACUCUCCUUCAGUCUCCACCCAGAGAUUAUCAGGGUGGCGAAGAAAUUCUCUGAGAAUCAAUGCAGUCGCCAAGAAAUGGGAACCCACCAAGGUUGUUCCCCAAGCUGAUAGGGUUCUUAUCCGUCUUGAACAACUACCCGAGAAAUCCGCUGGUGGAGUGUUGCUGCCAAAGUCAGCUGUUAAGUAUGAGAGGUAUCUAAUGGGAGAGAUACUCUCUGUUGGUGCUGAGGUUGGAGAAGUAGAGCCUGGAAAGAAGGUUAUUUUCUCAGACAUAAAUGCGUAUGAGGUUGAUUUGGGAACAGGCACAAAACACUGCUUCUGUAAAGAGAGUGACCUGUUGGCAACGGUGGAAUGAUUCUUCCACACUUUGUCAAGAUUUAGAACAGGCUAUAUUUGAUUGAAACAUUUUGUAUGAGUUGGUUUUUCCUGGGGCUAAGCUUUACAUUACAUUUUCAUGGGAACAAAGGAAUAACUGUUCUCUGUAUUCUGAAAUACUUGCUAAUCAGACAUUUGCAGCAAUCAGUCAUCUUUUGUGUUGUCUAGUAUUUCAUCUAAAGAUUGGCAAUAAGCCAAAAACAUUGUU